CGGGGGAAGAGAAAAGUCAUACAUACCACGUAAAACCAAGUGAGUAAUAUAGUCUGAAGUAAUCAUUUAUUUCGUACAUUUCUCGACCCAUAAAAUGAUUGAGAUCUGAUUAUUUUUAGGAUAUGGGACGUAUCUAGAGGCGAAAUCAUGUCAUUUUGCUGUCUCAAUGGCUCGAUUCAAGAUCUGAACACCGUAUAGUCAGGAAAUGCUCAAUCCGGCAGUAUUUUCCAUGAUGGACACAGAGGAGUCGGCGUGUCCUCAAUGCGGCUAUUUCUCCAAACGCAAACUCCCUGUUUCUCCAUCUGACAGCUCCCGUAUCGCCGAGCUAUGUUCCACAAGCCAAUGUCCCACUGUGGAAGAAGAGAAGAGUUUCCAAUCUUUUGUAGGGGAAGGGCAAUCUUUCCUUAACGAUCUCGAUACUCGUAUUGCUUUGAUGAAAACUUCAAUACAGGCGCUCGAAAAUACCAGAGAACUCCUCAAACCCGUGGUCAUGCAGUACAAAGAGUCUCUCAAUCCGAUAAGACGAGUGCCUUCUGAUGUAUGGGGACAUAUUUUCUUCUACGGUGCAGGUUACGAUAAAGACCACGAGGAGUAUUUCGACUCUGCUUCACAUUCUUUGGACCUCAAUUCGCCGCCGUGGGUCUAUGGACGUGUAUGUCGUCAAUGGAAGGAUAUUAUUCACAAUAUGCCUUCCCUCUGGACACGAUACAAUCCUCUUACGGCCUUUCCUGCUCUCACGGCACUUCUGGACUCACUUUCUUGUCCAGUGCUCACACACCUGACUGUGAUCGCCUCUGGAAUUAUCAGCGAUGCAGUGAAACGAUUUGAAAUGCGAUCGAAGUUCCAAUUGGAACAUUUGAUCGUCGGGAGAGAUGCGGGAAAAUUCGUGAAAGGCCUUUUGAAUCCCCUUUGCUUUCGGAAAUCACUGGAACGGAUGCUCAAACACCUUCCUUUCCGGACCUUCGUGAAUUGCAAUUCUACUGGAAUCAAUCCUUAUCGAUGUCCCCGGUGGACUUCAAGAUAAUGGAUAUGCAUCACUCAAAAUGCUUAUCACAGCAUCCGAUGAACAAGCGAGGAAGAUGCUUGACCACCCACUAUGGAGGGACCUACGUUCCAAAGGAGCCGCCAUUGAUAUCAUAGCUCUAUGAAUUGGACCACUUGUGCUACAUGAUUUGGAUAAUCGAAAUUUGACGUGUACGAUACUUGGGAUUGAGAGCAAUCUACUAUUCUGUAUUCAAUGAAGCUCUCAUUUUAGGAAGAAUAAUGUGUUAUUGUGAAGCACGAGCGAUAGGGACAAGGACAAGGACAUUGAGUCGGCUCAAAUAGUGCUCAUAU